AUUACUUCAAGAGAACACAUCGCGUGCCUUCCUUCCAUCAACCAUGGCUUACUCAGCUCCCAUAUCUCCAUCCCUAUCCUUCUUCAAAAACCCCCAACUCACCAGACUCUCGUUCCCUUUCUCCCCACUUUACUCUCGCCCUAGGGUUCAGAAUCCAAGUCUGCUCACGAAGAACAAGACGUGGUCGUCGUCCGUGGUGGUGGCGGCGACGGCGGCGGAGAAGCAGAAGAAGAGAUACCCUGGAGAAUCGAAAGGGUUUGUGGAGGAGAUGAGGUUUGUGGCGAUGAGACUUCACACGAAGGAGCAGGCCAAGGAAGGUGAGAAAGAGACAAAAUCUCCCGAGGAACGUCCUGUCGCUAAAUGGGAACCGACUGUUGAAGGUUACUUGAGGUUUUUGGUGGAUAGCAAGUUGGUUUACGACACGCUUGAAGGGAUUAUUCAUCAGUCCACUUUCCCAACUUAUGCGGAAUUCAAGAACACUGGGCUGGAAAGGGCAGAGAAAUUGGACACUGAUCUGAAGUGGUUCAAAGAACAAGGCUACGAGAUUCCAGAACCAACUGAUACUGGUAAAAAAUAUUCUCAGUAUUUAAAGGAUUUAGCAGACAAGGAUCCUCCAUCAUUCAUUUGUCACUUCUACAACAUCUACUUCGCCCACAGCGCUGGUGGUCGAAUGAUUGGAAGAAAGGUAGCGGAAAGGAUUCUCGACAAUAGAGAACUCGAGUUUUACAAAUGGGACGGCGACCUUUCCGGAUUGUUGCAGAACGUGAGGGGAAAGCUGAACAAAGUUGCAGAGGAGUGGACGAGAGAAGAGAAGAAUCAUUGUUUGGAAGAGACCGAGAAAUCGUUCAAGUAUUCUGGUGAGAUACUUCGUCUCAUAUUGUCCUGAUUCCUCUCUCUAUAUACGCGCUUGUGGCAACUAAAAUCCCUGCUCAAGUUUUUUAUUCCUGUAUUAUAUUUUUAAACUCGCUUCUGCUUGUUUGUAUCAUCAAACUCUUAUUUGCUUCAAAGCUUAAUACGACGUUGGAAGUU